CACACCUUCAGUGAAGCUCCUCCCACUGCAGUUCAGCAAUAAAUGCUGGAAUAUUCCCAUCAGUCUACAAGUGAAGACGAGCAUCAGAGCAUCAGGAAGAAGUGAAAUCUGCAGAGACAGAGUUUAUUGAAGGACAGAGAGAACAUGAGAGAUCCAGAACCCUGCAGAAUGAAACACACUGAAGAACAAACAGAGUUGAUUGAAGAAAACAAGGAGAAUGAAGAACUGAAUGAAGAGGAGGAGAAACAUCAUGUCAAAACUGGAGAAAAACCUUGGAGUCGCUCUCAAACCAAACAGAAAGAUAUAAAGAAUAGAAGAGACGAGAAAUCUUUCACCUGCACUCAGUGUGGAAAGAGUUUGAUAAGCAAACAGAGUCUUGAGAUUCACAUGAGGAUCCACACUGGAGAGAAACCAUUCACAUGUGAUCAGUGCGGGAAGAGUUUCACACAAUCAUCAAACCUUAAGGACCACAUGAACAUCCACACUGGAGAGAAACUGCAUGAAUGUGAUCAAUGUGGAAAAACAUUUUUGUGGGCUUCAGUCCUGAGCAGGCACCUGAAAGUUCAUGCAAAUGGGAAACCACAUUCAUGUUCUUUGUGUGGAAAGAGUUUUUCACUGCUGCAAAGUUUAAAAGUACAUCAGAAGAUACACACUGGUGUGAGAGAUCAUAUGUGCUUUGAGUGUGAGAAGACUUUUAUUAGAUCUGAUCAUUUGAAACUGCACCAGAGGAUCCACACUGGAGAGAAACCUUACAAGUGUUCACACUGCGACAAGAGAUUCACUUGUUCAGGACAUCUGAAAAGACAUGAGAGGAUCCACACUGGAGAGAAACCGUAUCACUUGAGUUGAACCACUGAUGACACAUGGACCUUUUUAUCGAUGUCCUUACUGCGUUUCUGGGCCUUGAACAUUUCAGUUACCUUGCUGUCUAUGCACUGCAUGCGGGAAGAGUUUCAGUCGUUCAUCUUCUCUACUCAUGCAUAAAAAAAGAUUUACAGUAAGUAUAUCAUCUUCAGAUCCAGCAUUUUCAGGUCUGAUGCUGUCCUCACCAAACGUGACACAACAAUAAUAAACAAGAAAUAAAAUGUCUUCUGUAUAGAUCUGACCUGACAAAAAACAUCAUCUAAAGUCCCAGUUAAUAAAGUUUAUCUUCAAGACCAGCAGUUUCAACUAACAUUCUUGCGGGCUUCAGCCUCUGAAGAAUCACCUGAAAGUUCAUACAAAGUAAAAACCACAUUCAAGUUCAAGUUCGUUUUACUUGUAUAGCACAUUUACAACAGCCACUAGGCUGACCAAAGUGCUUUACAGAAGAGCAAAAUUAUAAAAACAUACACAGAAAGCAAACCAGAUAAAAAUAAGAACAACCCGUUUAAAAAUUACAGUAUAACAGUAAUAAAUACAGUAAGGAAAACAAAUAGGUUUUUAGCAGGGACUGCUAACAGACAGCUAAGGGGCCGUUCUAAUCUCUAAAGGCAGGGUAUUCCAGAGUCGUGGCCCU